GCGCAGUGAAAAACGCCGGACGUAUGGAGCCGCAGCUGAUGGUGACACGGAGCGGAGGACACGGAGGAACGGGAAGGAAGGCACAAUGUCUCUGCAGAGGUGCCAAGCUGAAUGGGAAGAAAUCGAGCAAGAGUAUCAACAGUUACAGUCUACCUCAUUGGCUCAUGACUCCAGCAUCAUCUGGGAAAAGUCUGCCUCAAACCCUGGAAAAGGUAUCUAUUACCUGGAGCAGUUGGUCUCUGUAGCAAAUGAAACUCACAAAGUUUACAGACAUAAGCUGGAUGAGCUCACAAACCUCCAGACAAUUUGCAGCAAUUCUAUUAGCAAGCUGAGGAAAAGGCUGCGGGAACUGGAAGAAAAUCUGUACUUGUGCACAAAACCAAGCAAUCAGAAUGAGGCAGAGGACAUUAAAUCCAUUUGGAAAAAAAUCAAAGACAAACAGCAUAUCUUCUUUGAUAUGGAAGCAUAUUUGCCAAAGAAAAAUGGGUUGUACUUAAACCUGGUCCUGGGCAAUGUGAAUGUAACUCUUCUUAGUAACCAAGCUAAGUUUGCCUACAAAGAUGAAUAUGAGAAGUUCAAGCUCUGUGUGACUGUCAUUCUCCUGCUUGGUGCAAUAACAUGCAAGUUCUUGCUCAACUACAGAGUCAUUGAUGAAAUUUUCAAUUUCCUGUUAGUCUGGUAUUACUGCACGUUGACAAUACGGGAGAGCAUUUUAGUCACCAAUGGAUCCAGAAUUAAAGGAUGGUGGGUCUCCCAUCAUUACGUCUCAACAUUUCUGUCAGGUGUAAUGCUGACAUGGCCUGAUGGAUUAAUGUACCACAUGUUCCGGAACCAGUUUCUGGCCUUCUGCAUUUAUCAAAGCUUUGUACAGUUCCUGCAGUACUACUACCAAAGUGGCUGUCUCUACAGGUUACGAGCCUUAGGGGAGAGGAAUCAGUUGGAUCUGACUGUGGAGGGUUUUCAAUCCUGGAUGUGGAGGGGGCUCACUUUCCUCCUGCCCUUCCUCUUCUUUGGUCAUUUCUGGCAGCUCUACAAUGCCGUGACUCUGUUUCAGCUGGCUGGUCAUAGAGAUUGCAAGGAGUGGCAGGUGUUCAUGCUGGCACUGAUGUUCCUCGUUCUCUUUCUUGGAAACUUCCUCACAACACUCAAAGUUGUUCACCACAAAUUCCAGAAGAACAAGGGGAGAGAAGCCAAGACAGAGUGAUCUGUAGUCUGGUUUCACCUAGGAAAAAGCCUUCAAUGCUUAUGGGAGCAAAAGAGAUCUACCACAAAAGUUGACAGCAAUUGCAGGAGGAACACAGAGACCGGACUCUCUGUUCAGCAGACAGUGUCCAAACAAACCAUUGCACUGUGCGAAGGGCUUGUUUGUCUGCUUAUGACUUGUUUUUUGUUGGUAGCAGUUUGGGCACUUUUUUGUUUGCACAAAAGACUGUUAGAGCACUGGGAAUUGCAAACCUUGGUUUGAUUCAUUUACUGUGUGUGUGUGUGUGUGUGUGUGUGUGUGUGUGUGUGUGUGUGUGUGUGUGUGUGGUUUGCACUAUGCAAUAUAAAUCUAAGGUAAAGCAUCUCCCAAACAGAAGGGAUUCCAAUCAAUUGUCUGUCUACUCUCGUUUUUUGAUGGAGAUGCUUGCGUUGCACAAAAAUGACCUUCACACGUUGUGUAUAACUUGAGUAAAAUCUAGGUAACAAUGGGGUGGGCUGUACUUUGGUUUCCUGGUGUUUCAUGGCCACUCCUGAGCAAAGACAUCAUUUUGCCUGUGGAGACUUGUCAUUUUGCCAUGUUAUAUAAGGGAUUGGGGUGUAUCUGUGGGGUUUUUUUUUUUUUUUUGGUAGAAUGUGGUGUUUGCUGCCUGACUUUAUGAACACUUUUAUACUAGUGUCUGUAAUUUGUUGAACACCGUUCAUCCACUCAUUUUCAGUUCAUGCACAUCGACUUUCCUAUACAUCAUGGCCUUUAACCACUACCAGAGGUCCUUGGUGCUCUAACCCUCUGCUGUCCUCUGGAGUUUCUUGUCUCUCACCAUGAUGUGAGAUGCUGUAUAACAUGGCAAUAAAUCAGUUUCUCCUCCCCAGUUAACUCUGGUUAAUGGUCACUGAAGCAUUCAGUGCAGGUUAGCCUUGGUGCUGAACCUGUCACCCCAGUCAUGAAGAUGACACUUGGGACAAAGUUGCUCUUGCAUAGUGCUUUAUUAAAGUUAUGUUUGCAUAGAACCAUGGUUUCUGCUAUGCUCUGUUUAGGGCAGGAACACAUUUGUAGGAAAAAGCCCUCAAGAAUAUUUCCAAACUGCAACUUAUGUGUGGGACAUCUACUCACUGUUUAGUUGCUUAAUGUGUUGCUUGUUCUAGAAGGGGUGCAGAAUGUGUAUAAAGAAAAUGUAAUACUUUAUGUUGGCAGUAGAGUGGCGGUAUGGUUAUUAGUGCUGCUGCCUUUGCACCUGAGGGAUCGAGGUUCAGUUCCCACCACCAGCUGUAGUACCG